AUGCAGCCCAGUCAUCGCUCAGGCUACUAUAGAUGGGAUCACCACUGGGGUAAGCCCGACUGCCCUCUCUGUCCUUUCUUCAAUCUUGUUAUCUCUCAUGAUGUAUGGUUGUUGACAGUAAAACAGAUUAAAGGAAAUGCCACAGUAGUAAAGGACAACCCAGCAGGCGUGGCAUUCCGCGCGUUGUUUCCCACCAAAAAUCAAUUCACACUCACUCCAUCUGGGCCAGUGAAAGGCGUUGUGGUUGCCCAAACGAAUAAAGGAGGUACAGGAGUAUCAUACAAUAUCAAGAUGGAAAAUCUCCCGGACGAAGGCGGCCCUUUUGUUUAUCACAUUCACCAAGAGCCCGUGCCCUCGGACGGAAAUUGUACCGACACUGAGGCUCAUCUCGAUCCUUUUGAGCGCGGCGAAACCCCUCCGUGCGAUCCUGACUUGCCUCAGACCUGUCAGGUUGGAGAUUUGGCUGGAAAACAUGGUGCUAUAAUAACCUCAAGCGGGAGCACCACGUUCACAGAAUCAUAUACGGAUGACUUCACUGCCACUAGCCAUGGACAAUCUUUUAUCGGAAAUCUGAGCGUCGUCUUGCACUUUGCCAAUCUCACAAGAAUCGCAUGUGCAAACUUCAAGAUGAUGAAGCUCACGCAGAACAUGAUGUCAAGUUUGGAUGAUCUACUCAACAUGGGAGAUGAUGGAAAUGUGACACUGUCGACGUAGUGGAAUUUUCAGUACUUUGCGGUUGUCUUCCUGGUUGGUUGAUACAUCAUGAGUGAGCAUUGUACCACUAUCGAAUGUAUAUUAAUAAUCU